ACAUACUUGACGAUAGAUGACGGAUCAGUGAAUCAUUCGUAAAAUGGCUGCCAUCAGACGUAGAGUUUUGCUCGUGAAGUAACAAAAAUUACCAAAGGCGUUUCGUUUUUAGAAAGAUGACACCUUAUGUUGUGUUUCUCGACAGUUAUCACCCAUGAGCAGCUGUUCGGACGCAUAGAUAUCAAUUGAGUAUUUUUCUAUCGACGAAGCCCCUCAAAUGUAGUCAGUUAUUAUCAGAUCGUUAUUAUGUGAUCAGACUUGAGACAGAGCGCGGAACAAAAAAAAAAAAAAAAGAAGAAAGAAGCGUGCGCGAGAACUUAUGUCAAUUCGUUCUUAGCCACAAGCGUUGAUGAAUGUCUGAGAGUGAUACUUACGACUCGGCGGACGAAUACACAAGCCUAAUGGACGGUCACGUCGCGGAGUCUCGCACGGACGACUUGGGCUUGGUCACUGGCCGAAAAAGGCGUUCGCGUAUCAGCAACGAAGAGGCUGAAAAUGGUCUUCCCGAGGUUCACGUUCAGGCGCCAAGUAUAUCAAACAAUACAGGUUCAGGUAGGAGAGGUACGUCUGGUAACAGUCGCCACCGUAGAUCGAGAAAUCAUAGAGAAGAAGAAGAAGAGGAAUUAAAGUAUGGGGCAGCACAUGUCAUUAAAUUGUUUGUGCCUGUAUCUCUUUGUAUGUUAGUUGUAGUCGCUACAAUUAGUUCUAUAAAUUUCUAUACAACCAAAGGGAUGUAUUUAGUGUACACUCCGUUUCAUGAAGACAGUGCUGAUACAAGUACCAAGGCUUGGCAGGCAGUUGCCAACUCUUUGAUACUCAUGAGUGUCAUUGUAUUCAUGACUGUGAUACUUAUUGUCCUAUAUAAAUACAAAUUUUACAAAGUAAUCCAUGGGUGGUUAAUAAUAAGUUCCUUAUUGUUAUUGUCUAUGUUUUCUAUGCUAUAUUGCGAGCAAGUAUUAAAAGCAUAUAACAUUCCAAUGGAUUUGUUUACACUAGGCUUAGUUUUAUGGAAUUUUGGAGUAGUUGGAAUGAUAUGUAUACAUUGGCAGGGUCCUUUGCAGUUGCAACAAGCGUAUCUUAUUUUUAUCUCUGCUCUGAUGGCGCUUGUUUUUAUCAAAUAUUUACCAGAAUGGACAGCAUGGGUGGUGCUAGGUGUUAUCAGCAUAUGGGAUUUGAUUGCUGUAUUGACGCCGAAGGGACCUCUAAGAAUACUUGUAGAGACCGCUCAAGAGCGAAAUGAGUCUAUUUUUCCUGCGUUGAUUUAUUCUUCUACAAUUAUGUACACAACCACAAUGACUUACGCUGGCUAUGUACAGACUGCAACGAUGACUACUAGCGAUGCCACUGCUGGUGAUAACACGACAUAUACCAUGCGUAAUCAAGCAGAUAAUCAAAAUAAUCCUGCGUCCGGAGAUGCAGAAGAGAGCGACCGAGGAGCAAGGCGAGCGCAAGAAGUACGCGAAAAUACCUUGUCUUUAACAGAGAGAUCGAGGCAACAAGACAGUCGGGUUGCGCGUGAAUCGCAAGGGCAGCAGGUCGCAAUUACCGAAGAAGAACGAGGUGUGAAACUAGGUCUCGGUGAUUUUAUAUUUUACAGCGUUUUAGUUGGGAAAGCCUCCAGUUAUGGUGAUUGGAACACUACGUUGGCUUGUUUUGUUGCUAUUCUUAUCGGGCUUUGUUUGACACUGUUGUUGUUGGCCAUAUUCAAGAAGGCAUUGCCCGCAUUACCGAUCUCUGUUACGUUUGGUUUAACAUUUUAUUUUGCUACGAGGGUAAUCGUUGCGCCGUUUGCGGAUAAUUUAGCGAGCGAGCAAGUGUUCAUUUAACUGUAGGUAUGAUAAGCAUAAUAUUCAUAAUUUAUUACAAAAAGGAUAGUGCCUAUUCGUACAUUGAUCGUUUAGCUUUUAUAUUUCAUUUAAAUUCGUCGUUCGUAACUUGUCAUUUAUAAACUUAUACUACUUAUUAAUUGUCACGUGACAUGGUACAAAUUAAGAUGAAAAUAUGCGUUAUAAAAAACUGGACGAUCCAGUAUUUUUUAAUGAUAAAUAUUCGUUAUUAAACAAUAUUUUACUUUAGAUAGAAGUCUAGUGUCUCAAAGAAAAAAGAAAAAAAGAUGCUCAAGAUACAAAUUUACAUUUGUAAGACAUUUAACAAAAGUAAUAAAUAAUGAUUGUAUUUAUCUGAUAUCUAUUGCGCGUUAAGUGUCAAACAACAUUUAAAAUCCUUGAACGGAUUUUUUUUUUUAUUACAGUUUGUAGAAUUCUGCUUUAUAGGUUACAAGAAUAUUGGUCAAAAGUAAUCGAGCUAUGACAAUUUAUUGUGUGUUUUUACAUUUAGAGGACAUAGAUCGCAUAGAUCGUGUAUAAAAAGAAGCGGUUGAUCGUUCUUUUCUUUUUUUUUUUCUUCUUAAUUUUCUUCUUUUUUCUCGGAAAUUGUAUGAAAUAUGAGGUAUAAUGUUUGUCUAAAUAAUUUGCUAAAUAUACAGACCUCGCGGCUACAAA